AUGUGCUCCAGACAGAGCUCCGGGGGCUGCCAUGGGAGCUCCUCCAGCGGAUGCCACAGCAGCAGCAGCUGCUGCUGCCACGAGGGCAGCUCCUCCAGCUACCAGUCCCAGGGCUCCUCCUGCUGUGGGGGCUCUGGGGGCUCCAGCUCGGGCAGGAUCAUCAUCAGCUCUGGUGGGGGAGGAGGAGGAGGAGGCUCCUGCUGUGGAGGAAGCUCCUCUGGCCACGGCAUAGGAGGAGGCUCCAGCAGUGGAGGAUCAGGCCAGAAGAUCAUCAUUAGCUCUGGGGGAGGAGGAGGAGGCUCCUCAGGCUGCUGCAGUGGGGGAUCCAGUGGGGGAUCUUCAGGAGGGAAGAUCAUCAUCAGAGGUGGAGGAGGUGGAGGCUCCUCAGGCUGCUGCAGUGGGGGAUCCAGUGGGGGAUCUUCAGGAGGGAAGAUCAUCAUCGGAGGUGGAGGAGGUGGAGGCUCCUCUGGAUGCUGUGGAGGAGGAUACUCAGGCUACGGCAUGGGAGGAGGCUCUGGUGGGGGACCCUCAGGAACCAAGAUCAUCAUUGGGGGUGGAGGUAGUGGAGGCUCCUCAGGCUGCUGCAGUGGAGGGUCCAGCUAUGGAAUGGGAAGUGGAUCCAGCUGUGGCAUGGGAGGAGGAUCCAGCUGUGGCACAGGAGGUGGAUCCAGUGGUGGUUCUUCGGGAUCAAAGAGCAUAAUUGUGGGUGGAAGCAGUGGAGGCUCCUCUGGCUGCUGCAGUGGAGGUUCCUCAGGCUAUAGCAUGGGAGGAGGCUGCAGUGGAGGCUCCUCAGGAGGCAAGAUCAUCAUUGGAGGUGGAGGUGGUGGUGGAGGCUCCUCUGGCUGCUGCAGUGGAGGCUCCAGCGGUGGCUCCUCAGGCCAUGCAAUCAUCAUCGGCUCUGGAGGGGGCAGUGGAGGCUCCAUGCAGCAGAAGUGUCCUGUUGUGGUGCCCAGCAUUGGGUCCCACCAGAGCAAGCAGCCCUGCCACUGGCCCUCCAGCCAGCAGAAGUAA